UCGUUGGCUACGUUUUGAUGACGUCAGAGCGAAUCGGGAUCAAGUGGGACAAAAACAACAACUAACCUGCAUGCAUUGCGCGCAUUCCUCUGCUCUGGUUUCUUUUUGCUCCAAUGUGGAGCAACGAGCUUUUGGACGCAGCGGUUCCGCGAGCUGUGGUUGCGAACUUCAGGCCAAAUAUCCAGGCGUGUGUGCAAAGCAAGAGAAGUUCAGUCUAGCCGGGAAACAGCACGUUUAGCCUUGGCUAGCUAGCUAGCUCCUCUAGCAGACGCAGCUAAUGAGAUAAGUAUCCACCUGGUCACCUUCACCUGCUGCCACAGACUCCUCCAUUGGGCUGAGGCUGCCUGAGGGUGACCCGCCGAACCGGCCUAUAACUAGUUCAUGCUUGUGUACCCACUUGGAGGAAUGACUCGCCGCUCAGUGGUGAACUUGGUGAACGUUGGGAGCCGAGCUGCGGGCCUGGUGUACGGAAGCCCUCUUCGACCCGUCCACACGUCAACAUGCAGCACCUCGUCCCAGGCCAAAGCGGGCUUCAAACCGGAAAAGGUGGCAGUGGUCACGAAGACCACCAGGUACGAGUUCGAACAGCAGCGGUACCGCAGCGCCGGGCUCUCCGAGGAGGAUCUCAAACAGCUGCUUGCGUUGAAGGGCUCCAGCUACAGCGGCCUGCUGGAGAGACACAACAUCCACACCACCAACGUGGAGCAUAUAGUGAGGAGCCUUCGGAAGGAAGGCAUCGAGGUGCGACUCGUCAAGAGAGGAGAGUAUAAUGAAGACGUGGUGCACUGGGCAGACGUCAUCGUCUCAGCUGGAGGUGAUGGGACAAUGAUUCUUGUUGCCAGCAAAGUUUUGAGCAAGGACAAACCAGUAGUUGGAGUUAACACUGAUCCUGAGAGGUCAGAGGGUCAUCUGUGCCUGCCUGUUCGCUACACUCACGCUUUCCCAGAGGCACUGCAGAAACUCUUUAAUGGUGAAUUUCGGUGGCUUUGGCGACAGAGAAUUCGCCUCCAUUUGGAGGGCACAGGAAUCAGCCUCGCGCCAGUGGACCUGCAUGAACAACAGCUGAGCUUAGAACAACACAACCAAGCCCAUCGCAUCACCGCUAUGGACAGCCAGCAGAGAACGCUAAACGGGACCUUAUCCAAGCCCAGUCUCCUUCCUGUCAGAAGCUUAAAUGAAAUCUUCAUUGGAGAAUCUCUAUCCUCCAGGGUCACACGAAAAAUCCUUCACACCCGUGUUGACCUCUCGCUCCACAGGGCUUCCUACUACGAGAUCUCUGUGGAUGAUGGCCCGUGGGAAAAACAGAAGAGCUCAGGACUCAGCAUCUGUACGGGAACAGGAUCCAAAGCCUGGUCAUAUAACAUCAACAAGCUGACUGGCCAAGCGGUGGAGGAGGUUUUAAGAAUUGGACAGUCCGUCGCUGGUCUGGAGAUCCCACUGGACCCCAAAGUCAUUGAACGGGUUACUGAAGAAUACAACAGGUCUCUGGUGUUCAGCCCGGAGGACCGGCGCCUGCUGUUCAGCAUCAGGGAGCCCAUCGCCAACAGAGUGUUCUCCAACAGUCAGCAGAGAGGUUUCGCCAGCAGAGUGUGCGUUCGCUCCCGGUGUUGGGAUGCCUGCAUGGUGGUCGAUGGUGGGAUAUCAUUCGAGUUCAACGACGGCGCUAUUGCUACGAUCAGCAUGAGUGAGGAGGACCAGCUCAGGACAGUGGUUCUAGAGAACUAAUGCUGCACUGGGUCGUACGCACCUCAGUGGUACCAGUUUACUGAACGGGACCGAAACUUGUUAUUGAAGUUGGGUCCGUUUAUCACGGGUAGUUUCACUGACAGCUGCACUCGGACACAGAAGCUUUACCAAACGUUCAGUCUGAGCAGCUGGACUUCUGUUUUUAAAGUGACAGAUCAGAAAAUGUUAUGCUCUUCUUGGUCAGGACUUUAACUGGUUUUAGUGAAGACAAAGGUCUGACACACAUUCUUUUUACGUGUUUUAUUAACAUUGUACAAACAUCCGUAUAAAAUAAUGUAAAUGCGAGACACACUCCUCAGAAUGACAAGCUGCUCGGCGGAACAGGAUGAUUUUAGCUUCAGUUCCUUCAUGUCUGAUGAGUCAGACUGUCUGAAUAAACACAUGCACUAUGAA